AAAUUCAGCACCACAGAGAAAAUGCUGCAGCACCUGGAAUAGCAGCACUGGCUCCCUCUAGUCUGAAUGCAGAGUGACAUCUUUGAGCUGUAAGAAGCAACAGGAAUGAAUGCUGUGUGCCUCCACUGGAGAGAACCCAGUGUCCUCUUUCUGGACAGAGAGAGGGUUUAUUGUGAGCUGAGCAAACUGAGAAAUGGAAUCACCAGACUUGGCCCCUACAUCUUGGAUAAGAACAGUCUCUACGUCAAUGGUUAUAAUGAGCAUGAUGCAGCCCUGCCUGCUACCAACAAUGCGUCAACAUUUGCAACUCUCCAUGGCUCCACACGAAAGGGAACCUCCACAGCUCCUGUGCAGACCACACAUGAGCCAUCAUGGCUCCAUUCUCUGGCUCCACUAUCAUUCUCCAGCACUACAGCUGAUGGCCAGAGCCUGGAGUCCUUCACACUGAACUUCACCCUCACUAACCUAAUGUACACAGAAGACAUGGGGCGCCCUGGGUCCAUCAAAUUCAACCGAACAGAGAUAAUCCUGCAGAACCUGCUCAGUUGCUUGUUCAAGAGAAGCAGCAUUGGCAACUUCUACACCGGGUGCAAAGUGGCCUCCCUGAGCUCCUGGCCUAACCACCAUACCACCACCUGCAAUCCCUCUGGGACCCACAGGACCUGGAUACUGGACAGCCAGUGACCCCAGACUGCAACAUUUUACUUUGAACUUCACCAUCACUAAUCUACGCUACACUGCAGAUAUGGGACACCCAGGUACUACCACAUUUAACGACACAGAAGGGGUCCUCCAGAGAUUGGUGGGCCCCUUGUUCAGGAAUAGCAGCAUUGGCUUAUAUUACACUGGAUGUGGACUGAUCUCUCUGAGACUUUCAAUGGAUGGACUAGCAAGUAGAGUGGACGCUUUAUGUGUCUGGCAGAAAGGCCACACCAGCCCAGUGUUCAACAGAGAGAGGAUUUACAUGGAACUGAGCAACCAGACUCAUGGCCUCACUAAGCUGGAUCCUUAUACAUUGGAAAAAGACAGCCUCUGACUCAACAGUGAGCAGUCACUCUUAUUCCAGUGACAACGUUUGGGUAGUUUUCACUCAGUGCUAUUCAUCCCAGAGGACCCCUGGAGAAGGGGAAUACCAGAUUGACUUCAGGAUUAUCAACCACAACCUUAGCAACCCUGACCCUACUGGAGUACCAAGCACUGCACAGAGACAUCCGGGACAAGAUGACACAGCUGUAUGCAGGCAGCCAGCUCCAGGACAGAUUCCACUACUGCCUCAUCACAGGCCUCAGGAUGGGCUCUGUGUAUGUCACCUGCAACUGCAGCUUCUCCUCCAACCUGGAUCCUGACACCAUUGGACAAGUGUUUCUGGACAGGACCCAGGAUGCCACAGCCCACUGGCUCAGGGACUCCUAUAAGCUGGAUAACCUCCAAGUGACAAAACUGGAAGCAGCCACCCCACUGUCUACAGCUAAGCCACUGAUUGACCCCAGGCCCCGACACUUCCAAUUGAACUUCACUGUCACCAGCGUGCUCUAUUCCCUGGACUUGUCACACCCUGACUCAGCCAAGUAUCAAGAGAACAAAAAUGGCAUUGAAGAUGCGGUAAGGUCUAGUCCCAAGAGCUGUAGGAAGGACCCAAGCAGGGAUCUCCAAGCGUGCUCUUUCCUGACUGUCCCCCAAGAGCGUGGGGCUUUCACAUCAGGCUUUCAGCAGAAUCCUGGACAACCUC